AUGUCUUUCUUUACUCGUGCCGCCAAGACCGCCACCUUUGUGGCCGCUUCGGCCCAGGUCGCGCAAGCGUACUGGCUCAUGGCCGCUACCAACAACCUCGUACAACAACGAAUGGAUCCCAUUGUGAACCCUGGCGCAGUCAGCGGCCACAAUCACAACUUCGUUGGAGGAUCAAACCUCGACUUCAAUCUGUCCACUGCUAGUCUUCGUGAGUCGGAGUGCACGUCCAUUCCCGUCGCCGAAGACAACUCUGUUUACUGGCACCCGGAGCUCUACUUCCAAUGGGCCAACGGCUCCUUUACUUCUGUUGAUGACUAUCUUUUCGAUGAUGAUGCCGCCACCGCGGGCGUGCAAGCCUUUCCCGACGACUUCCGCAUGAUCAGCGGCGAGACCACCCUCCGUUCGUACAACGCGUCGUCUUUCGCGCAGCAGGCCGUCACAUUCCUCUGUAUCGCCGAGGAUGGUUCCACGACCAAGACCAGCCAGCUCCCGGCGAACGAGUGUGCCUUCAGUAUGCGUGCUCAGAUCAACUUCCCGAAGUGCUGGGAUGGCGUUAAUGUGGAUUCGGAUGACCACAAGUCUCACGUCGCUUUCCCCUCCGGUGGACCCGAUAGUGGUACUUGCGAUGACCCUAACUUCCCCGUGACUUUGCCGCGUAUCUUCAUGGAGGUCUACUACUCCACCAGCGGCUUCGACUGGUCUCAGGGCAAGAACACUUCGCAGCCCUUCGUCUACUCUAACGGUGACCCUACUGGCUUUGGAUAUCACGCUGACUUCUUCAAUGGCUGGAAAUCGGGUGUUCUGCAGAAUGCUGUCGAUGGGUGCAACUGCAACGAGUACGGCGACCCUACCUGCUGUGUCGAUGCCGGUAUUUUCACCAUGCAAGCGUCCGGCAGCACUUGCUCCAUCAGCGCGGCCAUCGAGGAGACCGUUCUCGGCGAAUUGGCCUCGCUGCCCGGCAACAACCCUGUCGUGGGCUUCGGUGCUGCCGCUGAAAUGUUGACCGAUACAGUGGUCCCCGCCAUCCUCAGCCCUGUGAUCGUUACGAAGGACGGUACUGCGAGUUCAGGCACUGCUACCGUCGAGAAGGCUGCCUACACAUUGGCAUCUGCGGCCAGUUCCGUCGUUUCGGCUGCCACCUCUUCUGCUGCGUCUGAAGCCACUCACGCCGUUUCUGCUGCUGGUCUUGCAGUCGUCACCUCGUCAGAGGCCUCAGCAACAUCGACCUCUGCUGCUGCCACCGCUACGUCUUCCAAGACCUGCAAAGUCUCCAAGAAGCGGGAAGAAGAGAAGAAGAGGUCCAUCCACACGGACUCCUUUGCCAAGCGCCAGCACCGUCAGAGGCUCGGCAGGGCCCCACGGCCUCACGCUGCCGCAUUCACCGACAAGUCGUUCUGA